GUUGAGUGUUUUGCCGAGGCCGUCGUGCAGCUAUCCCUUCGAAACGACCCCCAUCCUCUGACAUUCGCAAUGGAGUGCGCUGAGAUCGUGUCGAUGCAAAUGACUGAAAUGCCCGUGGCUCCACCAUGCACGCCUUCGCCUCAACCGGGAGACCGGACCUAUGCCAAGGAAGAUGAGGAGAUGCAAAUGGCAGGCGGAAUGUGUGACGGAGUUACCGUUCUCGGUAUGACGCCCGGCACGAAGGGAGCAGCACCUCAGCAAGCUCCCGCGUAUCCCCAGUACUACGCGCCUCAGUAUUAUCAAUACACCGCGGUACCCCAAGGCGGAACUCCAUACGGACCGACCCUCAUGUACACCAUGCCGAUGCCGUACUAUCCGAACGUCCGCCAGGGAGCUCAACCGUACCAGAUGGACUACGGAAGCGUUCAACAGCAACAACAGCAACCACCGCACGGUAAACCCCACGUGGAACCACCUACCAUCGUCAAAACUCCGAGUAGACAGCGAGUCGUCAUCUGGAACUAUUGCCAGUUCUGCCAAAACAACCGCGAGCCCGAAGAGUUUUACAGAGGCCACAUUCUACGUGAUGCCGAGGGCAAAGUCGUUUGUCCCAUCUUGAGAGCCUACAACUGUCCGAUCUGCAACAACGGCGGCGGAGAGAGAGCGCACACGAAAAGUUACUGUCCUCAACUCCGGGCUAGUAGGCUUCCCAGACGAUCUUCUUUAUUCUAGGAGCUCCGAUGGGAUCGGUGACGAUUUGCGGUCGGCGAGUGUUUCGGAGGAAGGGAUUCGAUCGCGAUAGUUACAUCUACCGAUGUCGUUUUUAGGAUGCCGUCAUUUUCAUUGGCACAUUUUUUUUCCAACUCAUACCCGAAAUUGUGCUCAACCGAAAUUGUGUUUAUAGCCUUAGAUGCAGGAACGAUGGCCGUCAUCGGUCGCCACGCGCGAUCGAGGCGUGACAAGUUUCUGGACCGCUCAUCAAGCGGAGCCAGUUGUGACUGUGGCGAUGUGUUUUGUGUAUGUCUGAUGCAUUCCGCAACGAUGAAGGAAAUUGACAAAAAGAACAUUUUUCCCUCAGCGUCCCCAGCAAUCGUUCGGUACCGUCCACGGUUACCAGUUGUAAAAACUCCUCGAUUUUCAAUUGAGUCUGCAGAUUGUACGCUGGGAGAUUGAUGGGAAUUAAAAGGAAUCGUUCGAAACUUCAAAAUAAAGAAAUUUCGCUCAAACU